AUGGUGAAGCUGAGCAAAGAGGCCAAGCAGAGGCUGCAGCAGCUUUUCAAGGGAGGACAAUUUGCCAUCCGCUGGGGUUUUAUUCCUCUCGUGAUUUACCUGGGAUUUAAGAGGGGUGCAGAUCCUGGAAUGCCUGAACCAACUGUUUUGAGCUUACUUUGGGGAUAA